GCGCUCGUAGAGGCGAAACUCGCGCCGGCGAUUGAACAUGGCGGAGGACGCGGCUGUGGCGGCCCCGAGCCCGCGGGGUCGUGCGGACGGACAGGACGCGGGCCCCUCGGAAAAGCGGCUGCCGGAAGCGGAGAGAGAGGAUCAGGAGCAGUUCGAGUGCCAGGAACUGCUCGAGUGCCAGGUGGAGACGGGGGUGCCUGAGGGAGAAGAGGACGCGGGCCUGGUGGCGGAGGCUGAGGCGGUAGCUGCCGGCUGGAUGCUCGAUUUCCUCUGCCUGUCUCUUUGCCGCGCCUUCCGCGACAGCCGUUUCGAGGACUUCCACCGGACCCGUGACAGCGCCGAGGCUAUUAUUCAUGGACUCUCCAGUCUUACAGCUUAUCAGUUGAAAACUAUAUACAUAUGUCAGUUUUUGACAAGAAUUGCAGCGGGAAAAAGCCUUGAUGCACAAUUUGAAACUGAUGAACGAAUUACACCGUUGGAAUCAGCCCUGAUGAUUUGGGCUUCAAUUGAAAAAGAACAUGACAAACUUCAUGAAGAAAUAGAGAAUUUAAUUAAAAUUCAGGCUAUAGCUGUUUGUAUUGAAAGUGGCGAUUUUAAGGAAGCAGAAGAAGUCUUUGAAAGAAUAUUUGGUGAUUCAGAUUCUAACACGCCUUUACGAAGGAAAUUGCUUAUGGUAAUCUCUCAGAAAGAUGCAUUCCAUUCCUUCUUUCAACACUUCAGCUAUAACCACAUGAUGGAGAAAAUUAAAAGUUUUGUGAAUUGUGUGCUCAAAGAAAAAUCAUCAGCUUUUCUAAUGAAGGCAGCAGCAAAAGUAGUGGAAAGUAAAAGAGCGAGAACAACAGCCUAUCCAGAUAAACCUGACAGUGACAGCGACGCCGGAACUGAAGCUAAUCUGGAUGUAGGGAGAAGUGUUAAUGACAAACCAUCUGCGGUAACGGAAUCCUCAGAUGAUACAGUAUCCUUGCUGAGGUCUCACAGGAAUCUCUUCCUAUCUAAGUCACAACAUGGAAGACAACAAGGCCUUAAUGAGAAAGAAGAAAGAGCAGAAACUAGUCAAAGUCGAGGAAAGAGAAAAGAUAACAGUAGACAAGCUAUUGAAAGCAAGAGAGUACAUGCUUUAAACAAUCAGCCAGCAACUUCUAAAAAUCAUCGAUCUAGGAAAAAACAGGCAUGGCUUUGGGAAGAAGAUAAGAAUCUGAAAUCCGGCGUGAGGAAGUAUGGAGAGGGAAACUGGUCUCAGAUACUCUUACAUUAUAAAUUCAACAAUCGAACAAGCGUCAUGUUGAAAGACAGAUGGAGGACUAUGAAGAAGCUAAAACUGAUUUGCUCAGACAAUGAAGACUGAAUGUGAUUGUAAAAGCUUGAUAAAAGGACAGUUAAAUAUUUUGAUUACUCCAUUUUCUUUGAAACUUGGUGGUCAUUGAUGUAUCUUAAAAUUUUUAUUUAAAGCAUUAUAGUAUUUUUUUGUGACACAGUCAUUUAAUUAAUAUGAGGAUUUGUUCUAUAUGGGAUUAUAUGCCAUCACUGCAUUCUUUAAGUACCUUUUUACUUUGAUGAAAUGUAAAUCUGUUGAACCCCAGUGCUUUCAGUACUUCUACCCCUAAUCCGUGUUCCAAUAAAAAAUGAAAACCUGUUAAGAGAAAAA